AUGUCUGAAAUGGAAGUGUCUGAGAGCAGUAAUGAUUGCUCAAACGAUUCACUUCUUCUGGAUCGUGUGUUUCUUCGACUUGGAAAUGCUAACACGGAUGAUCAGCUGGAAAGCUGUUUAAAUAGAUUCUUGCCUCCAGUUAUUUUAAAACUAUCUUCUCCUCAUGAGCAGAUACGUACUAAAGUGAUGGAGCUAUUGAUCCAUGUGAAUAAACGAGUAAAAUGUAGAAAUGAAGUCCAACUACCUGUUGAAACUCUACUCCAACUUUAUAGAGAUCCUACAUCGAAUAGUUUUAUUAUUAAUUUCUCUAUUAUUUACAUAACUAUGGGUUUCCCAAGACUCCCCAGAGAAAAGCAAUUGAGUUUGGCCCCUACAUUGCUUGAAGCGAUUGAGAAUAAACCUCCUCAGCAUCAGGAUGGAAUUUUAAUGCUGGUUAUGCCUUUACUCGGGGAUAUUAAGGAAACGGACCUUAAUUUAAAAGACAAGCCAAAGGCUUCUAACCUGAUUUUAAAAUUUGCAACUGAUGUUCUUUUGUUGCCUUAUAGAGCUUUGCCUAAUGCUGGUGAAAGUGACUUCCAAGUACCUCCAGGAAUGAGUCUUAAAUCAUAUAAGCGCCUUGUGGAAAAAAAUCAAAUUAAUCCUAAUCAACUUGAAGAGAUGAAACUUUCAAUAGUGAACUUCAUAAGUAAAGAUAUUUUCAAUACAAAUGAUAUUCUGGUUCCGUUAAUUGUAGCGGCAGCGGAUUCUCGCUUUAGCGUGGCAAAUCACGCCAAUAGCCCUCUCAUUAGAGUAAAUAGUUCUGUAGACUGGUCUCUACCAUCAGUUUUGGCUCCUUUGUAUUCUUUGUACUUAGGUACUUGGGGUGGCAUGAAGGUUCCUCCAGAUGACCACAAGGUGCCAGCAUGUACACGACUUCGUUUAAAACUAAUACAAUAUUUGAAUAAGGCAACCGGACCAGGUGUUAUGUUUCCACAUUGUGUUCAAGUUGUUUUUUCAUCAUUAUUUGAAGCUAACACAAAUUCUCGACUUCGCAAUAUGGCGCUUAUGUUCCUGCUCAAUGUGAUUAACAACGGUGACGAAGCUAAGUUAAAGAGAGUAGCAACCGUAUUUCUCCACGGAUUACUGAAGCUUAUAAGAUCUGAAGUACUCGUAGAACAUCAGCCUAAGGCCUGUAUGUGCUUAGGUCGGUUAGCAGUAAAGUCUCCGACUACUUUCAACAACCAGUUCGCAUUGCUCGAAGAACUCGUCAAGAAGAUACCGGAGGCGGUGCCUGAAAUGAAAACUGCUUUGAGAGAUGCCCUGCUUGAGAUGGCUGUGGCGUACAAAAUAAAUCCUGACGAUAAUGUAGAACCAAUGGAUACUUCGGAGGUGGCGGGAACCUCUAAAAGUGAUACGAUGGACGUGGACGAGAGUGAGAGUAAGAAGUCGAAACCUAGUCCCUUCGAUGAACCUCAGGCACUAGCACUCUUUGCUUUGUUAGACCACUACAUGCUCAGCGAUGAGCCCAUGAUACGUUACAUCGCCAUGAGGUACUCCGCCACCGUCUUUCCUCAAGAUUACGUCCCUUCCAGAUAUCUACUGUUAUUGGCCAGUGGAGAUAGUCAAGACGAUGUUUCAACUGAGGCAUUGAAAUGCUUGUAUGGAACAUCUCGAACGAAUGAAAUAGAAGACGUAGUUAACAAUGUGUCAGUGAAAGAGACAACUACAGUCAGCUUAGACGAUGAUGCCUCCAAGAGAGACAAGGACAAAAUAUCGGAAGAACAAUUCAAAGCACCCAAGUUUAAAGAUAUAGUAAAUUAUGUGUGGGAUCAAAUGCAAAAGAGGAAGAAAGGGUCGAACGUGAAGCAUAGAUUUGUUAUAAGCAACCAAGUCUUACAGUUUCACCCGCAAACUUAUCAAGAAAUACUGAGAUAUCUAAGAAUGUGCCUGAAUCGAGACGCAAACCUGAGAGACUGUUCAAACCACCCGAACGCCACAUCGCCGAUUUUGGCUAAAUACUUUUAUGAUAAUCUUCUAGAAACUGAAGCUCUAGACAGAUAUCUCACUAUGAUUACGUCGCUUCUUAGCGCUAGUCCGGGUGUUAUGCCCUUAACUUGCUUUUUGGAUAUCGUCGGGUGUGUACCUGAAAAAAUGGCUGAGAAAUACACAAAUCUGCUGCCGUUUUUGAAAAAUCUAUUCACAACUAGUACUAAGGAGGAUAUUCGAGAAACUUCUGCAGCAAUAUACGCCAUUAUCACCGUUCAUACAAGUAAUAAGGCGACCAUUGAUAAGGAAAUUAAAGAGUUUGUGUCUCAAACACAAAAUAAUAAGAACUUAGAGGCACAGUGUGGUUAUUUAAUAGCAUACACGUAUUUAUGUGAAAGAUGCAUAGUUUUGUCAAAGAAAGGAAAGUUUGGUGGCAAAGGAUUUAGUCCUAGCAACUGGGAGCCUUAUAAAGAAGGUGUAUUGUGCUUGGCUAAUUUACUCUCUUGUCCACAAAUACUGUUGAACAGUAUAUCAUGUACUGCGAUAUCUAUACUAGUGCGAUGUACCGCCUUGCCUUUGCCGAAUAUAUCGUCAAAGCAAGAAUCUCUCGUACAAACAGAAAACCCUUUUAAAAUAAAUCAAAGUGACAACACAAAUGUGGAUGAUGAGAUAACCAAGUUCUCUGUAGCCGAUAAAUUGUUUAAAAUUGUGGGAAAUGCGAAAAUUCCCUCAAAAGUGAAAGAGAGAUCACUCUUUACAUUAGGUUUGAUGUGUUGCGGUGAAAGAUUGUCGUUUGCUAAAGAAAUCGUCAAAGGUUUUCUACAAAUGGCCAAAGAUAGUAAAGAAUUUGAAAUUCAUUUACAAAUUGGCGAGUCUCUAGUACUUUGUGUAGAAGGUGUCAAUUCCAACGAGAACAGAGAUCUGUGGACUGAACUACCUAAAGAGGGCAAAGAGAAGGUGAGAGAUCUAGAAGCGCUGAAACAAAACGACGAGUUACUGAAGUGGUUGCUGUUAGAAUUGUUCAAGAUGGGAAAACACCCUCAUCCACACUCUAGACAGGCCACAAGUAUCUGGUUGUUGGCGCUACUGAAGAAUUGUCCGGAGCGAGAGCCCAUAAACAACUCGUUGCAACAAUUGCAAGAUAUGUUUAUGGAUUUCCUUUCUGAGAACAGCGAUAUAGUCCAAGACGUCGCCAGUAAAGGCUUGAGUUUGGUGUAUCAGAACUCUGAUGAAAAUCAAAAGCAAGCCCUCGUCGCGCAGAUCAUAGAGCAGCUGACCAGCGGCAAGCGCUCCGUCGCGCAGGUCACUGACGAUACCAAGAUAUUUGAGGAGGGACAGUUGGGGAAAGCCCCUACUGGAGGGAAUCUCUCCACCUAUAAGGAGCUGUGUUCGUUGGCGUCGGAUUUGAAUCAGCCUGAUUUAUUAUACAAGUUCAUGCAUUUGGCUCACCAUAAUUCUCUAUGGAAUUCUAAGCGAGGCGCGGCGUUCGGCUUUCAGUCGAUCGCGCUGCAGGCGGGCGCGCAGCUGGGCGCGCACCUGCCGCGCAUCGUGCCGCGCCUGUACCGCUACCGCUUCGACCCCACGCCGCGCAUACAGAACUCCAUGGCGAGCAUCUGGCACGCGAUCGUGCCCAAUACGCAGCAGACUGUUCACAAAUAUCACAAAGAAAUCUUAAACGAUCUCGUCUCAAACUUAACGUCCAACCAAUGGCGCGUGAGGAUGUCGUGCUGCAACGCGCUCUCGGAUCUAUUGCGUGGGGCUCAAAACUUACACCAGUCUCUAGAACAUUUGCCGACUAUUUGGACGCAACUGUUCCGUGUGAUGGACGACGUGCACGAGGGCACGAGGCAGGCAGCCACCAGUACUGCGAAUGUACUGUCUAAACUAUGUAUACAAGCUUCAGACGUCAAUCAAGGCAAAGACGGGAAAGAAAUAGUGUCCGUCAUCUUACCGGUGUUGUUAGACACAGGAAUCACAAAUCUCGUUAAGGAAGUGAGGAGUGUUAGUCUCCAAACAGUGUCGAAGUUGGUCGGCGCGGCCGGCGGCACCCUGGCGCCGUUCCUGCCGCGGCUGGUGCCGGCGCUGGUGGGCGCGGCGGGCGAGCUGGAGUCCGCGCAGCUGUCCUACCUCAGCACGGCGCUGGCCGACAGCGGCUCGCGCGAGCUGCUGGACGACAUGCGCGCCAGCGCCGCCAGGCAGCACUACACCACUGAUACUGUUGUUAAGUGCAUGCCGUAUAUAAACAUCGAGGCGAUGAAGGAAAUGUUACCGAAAAUUCUGGAACUAAUGAAAUCCCCGCAACUUGGCACUAAGGUCGCGUGCGCACACUUCUUAGUGCUCACGGCUCAUUACCUGAGGGCUGACCUCGAACCGGUCGCUGGGAAGUUAAUGAGUAACCUGUUGAAUGGAAUAUUCGAUAGAAAUGCCACUGUUAGGAAAAAUUAUGCUGAGGCUUUGGGGCAAAUUUCUGCGUACGCUAAGCCGCAAUCUAUUGAGAAGUUAAUGAAGAAACUGGUGAAUUUGUAUGAAACGAAAGAGGACGACGCGUCGCGUUCGGCCAUCGCGCUAACUCUCAAGUCCAUUGCUAAAGCUAAAAUUGAACAUAUAAAGGAUAAUGAGGAGAUUUUAGCACCCGUAGUGUUCCUUGCGAUGCAUGCACCUAAAGAAGACGAGUCAACAACAGUGGAGAUGUUCGAGGAGAUCUGGUCGGACAUGUCGCCGACGCGCGCGGGCGGCGCGCGCCGGCACCUGCGCGCCAUCCGCGCCGCCGCCGACGUCGCGCUCGCCUCCGGCUCCUGGACUAAGAAGAUACAGGCCGCGAACGCAAUCAAAACAGUAUGUAAAGAGGUGAGCCCUCUGGGUGAGGAGAGAGAGCCGUUCAUCCGCUCCUUGUUGGCGGCGGUUCAAGGGAAAACGUUCGAUGGAAAACAUCAUAUUUUAGAAGCUUUGGCAGAUUUAUGUGUUACAAAAGGAGAGGACUCCCUCUCCCCCGCGCUGACAACGGAGUGCGUGGACGCGCUGGUGGCGGAGAGCCGCAAGCAGGAGCCGGCGUACAAGCGCCACGCGCUGAGCGCGCUCGCCCGCGCGCUGCCCGCCGCCGAGUGCGACAGGUUCCAUCAGUUGUAUGAAAUCGUUAAGCAGAUAUUGUCCAAGGAUGAAUUAUCGGUGGGCAAGGACUCUGACGAAGAAGACAAUGAGGGUGUUAGACAGAGACGGGAACAGUUGACGGCGUUGAAGGAAGCCGCUUACGAUUUGCUCGGCAAAGCGUGGCCUAAAGACCCACACACACAAGAGAAAUACCAGGACCUAUAUUUCGAUCACUGUUCCAAAGCGUACCCGACCAGUUCCCGAUCGACACAGCUCGCCAUACUAGCGUCUGUUUCGUGUGUGGUCGAGAGGCUCGCGGCGUUGAAGGAGAUGCCCAUGGAUACUGACAGUGGGGGAAGGGACUCGGUGGCCAUUGUUACUGCCCAUGUUGCUGAUAUUGUGGAGUAUACACUUAAAAAUAGUAACCAAGUGCGGAAUAGAAGAGAUGCCCUUAAUUUAAUGGAAAUUUUGAUCAAACAACUCAAAGAACUGCAAAAAACAGAGGAACUAAAUAAAUUAAAAGAUAUUUAUCAGUUAUACGCUCAAGAUUUAUCAAAAGAAUCCUCGCAUGAGUUGCGGGUAAAAGUAGAAAAUAUUAAAGUUUACUUCAAG